GUUGUCCGGUGCAAACGUGUUUGCCCUUUCCGGCAUUUGAAGCGAUAGUAAAUCCAAUCAGUGGUGAAUAGUGAACAGAGGUCGGCAUUUAGGACACCUAUAACAAAGAGCGGGAAAGAAUCGGGGAGUGAAUUUGAAACCGUGCUGUCGGAUUAGUUUGCCCUUUUCAAAAUAGUGCAGCCUUUGGCAUUGGGUUUUGUAAGCCGCGUUAUUGGGGUCCACCAGCCGUUCGAAGUGGGCUGCGUAACGAGGCUUGAAAACAAUAGUGAAAUUUGAUACUGAGCCUGGCGAGUCGGAUUGCGGUGAUGGCUUAACCUGUGGUAUUUCCACUUUUUCAGCUUUAUUCUCGCUCGUUUUCUUAGAAGUCAUUCGUUAAAUAGCAAAUAAAAUUUGUUUUGUGAUAUUUCUCUUUUUGUUCCUUGUUUGUGUGAAGUGGUUCCGCUGGUGAAAACAUGAAAUGUGAGAGCGGCACUUCUGUUGAAUGAAAUCGUCAACGUCAAACGACUGAAUAACAACAAACGAAACAGCUAAGCAACGUUUGUGUGCUCGGUGGGGUUUCGCUGGAAUUGAUGCAUCACAACACAACGCAUGAAUAGUGAAAAGAAAUGCAAGCCAGGAAUUGAACGAAAUAUUGUGGCUUUAGUGAAAAGAAUACCAAACCAAACUCCCCUUCUUGUGGUCAAAGCUCACCGCAGGCUAUCGAACAGUAGCUGAAAUCAUUAGGCGCUAAUAGUUCCGCUGUGGCCAGCUACACACUUGUGGGAAGAAUCAACACAUGAUAGAGUGAUUCUAAUUUUGCGAAAUCACGAACACGGCACACGCUGAGAACACAGAGGCGCCCUCAGGUAAAUAGACCGGAACGAGCAGCGUAAACUGAAUUUGCAUAGGAUUUGUGUGGACCGUUUUAACAUCUCGCAGAGUGGAUUAGGGAAGACAAGGUGCAAGGUGGUUGGAUGCUAUCCGAGUUCGGGAUCCGUGCCGUGCUGAAAAGAGGAGCUUUGAAUUCAUCUGGUCAAAACACUUGAGCCUCAUCACCGAUUCCGACCGCAUCCGUUGUGUUUAUUUUUUCCCAUCUCUAUCAUGUUUUGAACGCCCCCGCUUCACCCAUCUGCUCUGGGCAGAAGUGUAAACAGGGUUAUGUAUGGACAAUUCGUCCGUCCGAAACACUCAUGCGUAAUUUUCAUCAAUACAACACUGCGAACAGUGCGAUAUAUUGCCAAAUGUCCCGCUGGUUUGCAAACAGAGUAAGAAAGAAUGUAGAAUGAAAAUUCCAAGCCCCAACAAUUGCACUGUCCACUCGUGUGUUGCUGCCGCCAGUGUCAUCCUGUCGCCACCGUCGCCAUCGAGUUGGAUCGCACAGGAUGCAUAUCGCUUCCGUCGGUAGUGGGAGAGGCUCCACUGGACCCGGAAAAAUAUUGCUAUGCUGCGUUCAUAUCCUGCUCGUGCUUAUAGACGAUGCUCUGGUUUUCGGCUUGCGGAAAGGACGACUCAUGGUGCCCGCAAGCUAUGUGGCCCAAACGGACGAUCUGGACAUUCAGCUGCAGAGCGACGCGACCGAGAUGACGGUCGUCGGACACGAUGAGUUGGAUCUGAAGUUACAGAUUUGCCUCGUUAAACCAACCGGAGGCACGAUAAUCUCGUCACUCGACAUCAAACCGGAUGUGAAUCACAACGUGACGCAAAUCAAAAUUCCUUGCAACUAUUUCAUGUACGGCGGGAUUUACGAGCUGAGCGUGGAAAAGUCCCCGGGUGGUGAUGGGCACGAACAAUUUGACGAACGACUGCGACAGCAAUUAAAUGUGAGCUGGCCAACGCCAACCGUAAGCAUAGUGCCUGGUGUGAUCAGUACGUAUCCGGAGGAGAUUGUCCGGGGGAGUCUCCGGUUCAACGAAGUACACUGUCCAAAUUAUGCGACCAUUGAUGAUAGUUCCGCUGAUAUACCGGAAUUCUGGUUGGAACUAGUGUACUGUGGUCAUAACGAGGAAUGUCCACUGGACGCGGUGUCAAAACCUCAGAUUUUAUUCUCGGAACAAGUUCGAGGGUUUCCUAACUCUAGGUUGAUUAAUUUUAGCUGUGAUUUAUUCGGACUAGCCGGAUAUUAUUUGUUACGUUUGCGUGCUGCGAAUGAAGACCCAACCCUUGUAAGGGUCUUAGAAGGAGCGAGGGCCAUUUUGAAGGCCGAUUGGAGCAAGCAAUAUGUUUUCACGGUGCACGCAAGGAGUAUAUUUCCCUGCGAUGCCCACAGUACCGGGAUUCGCAUUCUAUUCCAGUACCCUUCCUGUAUACUAGAUCAGUCGGACCGAAUCCGGGUAUAUGCGAAGCUGCGGGCAGACGUGUCAUCGCUAGUGCCUCCCACUUCCCUGCAUUACAUCGCCGAGCAGCGAGUUACGAAAGGGCAACAUGCGCUAUACUUCGAGUGCGAUGUAUUUUACGAAAAGUACAUCGAGUACUGUUUCGUGUAUGUGAGCCAGGCAAUAUCCGGUGCCGUUGCCGACAUUCGGAUGGAUUGCGUACCGACUCUUCCGGUUGCUCCAUCCGAUUCCGGUGGAUGGGGACCGUGGAGUAAUUGGACACACUGCUCCACCACGUGUCGCGGUGGUUUGCGUAACCGGUAUCGCUUCUGUGAUUCACCUCCUCCGCGGUAUGGAGCAAAGUUUUGCGAGGGCCCAUCUGUUCAAACGGAACGCUGCGGAACACAAUCGUCUCUUAACUCGUGGGAAUGUAUGUUCAGCCCGGUCUCCGCCGGGAUACUGCCAGCGGAAAUUGCGGAUGUCAACAAUGAGAUUGGCCCUGCAUGCCGAUGUGGAUGCGUGAUCCAUUUGGGAUUGGUAAAGCCGAAACGAAUCAUAGCCUCAUCUUCGCAAAGCUGUCCCGAGCGGAGCCUUUGGUUGGUACAAGGGGACGAGGGACAUCGCAUACGGUUCACAAUGAAUUUUAGUAAGUUUCCUUGCGAUCAGCAAUGGCUGAAAGUACGCGAUGGCGACAAACUUUCGAACGAGUUGAUCCUCGAGUACGCGUCCGGUCAUUACGAAACGGGCAAGAGUGCGGAAUCAACCGGCUCCCAGCUGCUUAUAGAAUUUCAUUCAAAAAAGAUGGAACAUUACGAUGAGAAUUGUAUAGCGGGAUUUUUAGCUUCAGCCGAGCAGACAAAAAUCACACAUCUCACAUCGAACGUUUCGGUUUCCAUCGCCAGCAAGGUCAUCAUGCCGUUCGUGCAAUCCUUUAGCUAUAACAAGCUAACCAUAGCUCAUAUAUGUGCAAUAAUAUUCAUAAGUUUCGUGAUUUUCAUCAGUUUCCUGUUGCUGAUUCAGUAUAUUUUCCGCUAUCGUAAAUAUGAGCUGGCGACCAGUUACGUAAUACCCGAUUCACCCGCUCACACCCUUUUUGGCUCAGGGAUUUCACUCAACAAUACUCAGUUGCCGAGAUCACGUGCCGUAUCAACGACAACACUGAUAUCGGAGAUUGUUUCCUACGUCAAGUUGCGCCCCAAAAACGGUUCCAUCAGACAUCAUCGCUUCAGGGAGAGUGUGGAAUACACUCUGGAGAACACUGAGUUACCUUCCGACGGAAGCAUUGAUACUGUCACGAAAGGGGAAUCUUCCAGCAAAGUGGAUGAGAUUCCAUUACAGGAACUCAACAAUUUUGAUAACGUUGAAGGCAGUGGUCGUAGUUCUCCAGAGGAAACUGCCGAACACUUAUCGGAUGAGCAGCUAGAGAAUCUCAGCUCUGCGUAUUCUACCCUGAAUAGAGAGAACACGCCUCUAGUAUCACGGAAAGAGCGCAAGAAACACUCAGAAUGUAAAAAGGAGACCAAAAGUGAAGGUGACUGCUCGCCCAAUGAAAAAAUACCUUUGGCAUCAAGCUGCAGCACGGUGACGCUGACCAACAUAAGCCCCUCGGAUAUCGAGUGUUCCUCACCGGCAAUAUCCACCGCCAACACGGUCAGCAGCGUUGGUAAAUGCACCCGCAAUCUUAAGGAGAGCAAGGAGAAGAAAAACCUCCGGAAACUACUCGCUGGUUCUGAUUUCUCGCUCGGCAAUCAAGACAUGGAGAUGGAUUACUACGACUAUAACGUAACGAACGCGGGCGCUGUACCCGGUUCCUAUCUCGGAAUGGAUCCGGCUUUUUUAGUGUGGAUUCCUCCCCUCAACGAUGAGGAGAACAUCACGGAGGAAAUCGAUUUGGAACAAGAUUCUACCGAAGACACGUUUACUGAGCCAAGAAGUGGUAACGCAACUCCCAACGAAGAGAUUAUCAAAAUAUUGCAGCAACGUCACGAUGACUACCUGAUAGUGAACAGCAUCUCAAAGAGUGACAUAUACUCGGAAAGCGAACAAACUGAUAACCGAUCUAGCAAAGAAAGGAGAAGGAAUCAGUUGCAGGAAUUAGCACUAAGCAACGUGCGGAGGAAAAUUAGUUCACCAUCCGAUGAUUCCACCGAGGAGAAAGAGAAGGAAACGUCCUUCACGAAAUCCCCAACGGAUAGCAAAGAAAUUACCGAUUUUUAUGAAAUGGCAGACAUACAAUUUGCCGAUGACGAAGAUGAUGAUGAUUUCGAAGAGCCGGAUUUUAGGGAGAAAUCACUAGUCAAGUCAACGGCUACAACUGAGGUGAUCGACACGGCGCAUUAAAUCAAAUGGGUGAAAUGUACAAUACUGGGCAUAUCUAACUGUAGUAACUUUUGUAUCAAGACCACAAACAGAGAAUGGGACCUCUUUCUAGUCAGGUAUUUUUCCCUCUUGUAGAUUUAGGUGGAUAUAUUUACAAAAAAUGGGGCAAGGCUGUAGUCAUAGGGUAGCGAGUGGGUUGAGUUGCCUUUAGCGGGUGAGUUUGAUUUAUUGUAGGAGCCCAGCAUCUUGUGUUUUCUACGAGCGAACAAUGGUAGGCUGCAGGAUUAGAACAGAAUGCCUCAGAGUCCACAAAUCUCCGACUUGCAUCGACAUCAAGCUACUGCACGUCGAUUGUUCGUGUAUCGAUUUCAAUUUUUUUUCUUUAUGUCCGCAUAUGACACUUCCAAGAGAUUAACUUGUGCAUUAUAGACUCACGAUCGACACCCGUAACUUAAAAGAUAGGAGUAGACUGAAAGCUAUAGCGAGGAAGAAUAAUCAAUCAGGAAUAAUCCGUUUGAUAAAAUUGAUAAUCCUGAUCGGUGACACAGACCAAACUUCCCUGAGCUCCAGAAUAAGUUUAUAAAGAUGGUGAAGUCUGUGUCUUGUUAGAGCUCCGCAAUUGCAGAGUAAAUCUUCCGAGGGUUCGCUUUCGGCAUUAAACUAAUUUAUCGCUCUUGAGAAAUAUUAUCUUGAACUAAACCUAUGUUUUUAAGAUGCUCGGACAGUGUCCUGUUAUAAGACCUGUGAAUGCGCUGAAGUCUUUCCAAUUAAGACUGAGACUUUUAAUACUCGGUGUGAUAAGUUUUUCGACUGAUUAAGUUGUACAACCAUCCAAUUGGACAUCACUUCCGGGUGUUCACAUUCCUUCAGCUUACUCUUCAAGACACAUUCAGAAAUUCUACAGAAUGAUUCAGGACCAGAUGGUGAGCUUGAGCCGCGUCAUGCGAGUUUAUCUGCUUGUUCAUUUCCCUCUUUACCGCAAUGGCCAGGAAUCCAGUACAGUUGUACCGUACUUAUCUGACUAAGUUGCCGUAAAAGGCAAAUGUGUUCCCAGACAAUUUUUGUAGAGAGCAUUAAGAGCAUUAAGAGCUUUAAGUGCCGCUUGACUGUCUGAGAAUAUCCAGAUGUUAGCAUGUCUAUAUUUUCUUUUGAGGCACACAUUGAAACAGUCUAUUAUUGCAACUAUUUCUGCCUGAAAAACUGUUGGCCAGUUUCCCAUCGCUACAAAGAUUUUUGUUCUGGGACUAUACAUAUUUUCGACCCAUCAGUGUAGAACAUGAUUGAACUAUUAAAAACUUCAUCCCAUACUGAACGAGAAGGUUCGAUUACACUGUAUAGAAUAUCGUAAUUUGUUCUAGGUCCAUCCAAUUACUGUUCAUUUUUGAACAAUGUUUCAAAUAAUUAUCUCUACUUGUUGUGGCCUUCGAAAAAAGUGGUCUUUCCAAUUUCCGACGCAUAUCAGUUUUCCGGGGUGAUUAAACCGCGCUCUCCGUUUAUUUGUUGCGUGGGUUGCUUUCUUUGGUAGAAAGCCGCUACGAAAGCUUAUUUCUAUUCGAGCUCAAUUGCAUGCGAUCACACACUAAUUAUGGUACAACAAUUAAAACUUUAUUACUCGUUACAUUCACACAAAACGAACUCAUUUUGAACUUGAAACUACAUUUAUUCUACUCAACUACUUCUAAUUCUACUAUUUAAAAUGAUGGCCGGUCGUGAGCCAAUUGUUAGUUGGACAUUCAAAAAUUCAGAGAAUAUCAUGAACGAUCGCGCCUUUUCAUAUUGUAACAAUGUUACGACAGUACACGAGCGAACGGUCAACUGGUACUGCUCGAAAUGUUCGAUGCCUAUCGCAAAUAUUGCAGUUGUGUAUUCGCUACAGUUGAGCUUUUUCGAAUACCUUUAAAGGGUGUGUCACAUAAAUUGCAUCACGGAAAAAACGCUGUAGAAAUUUAAUUUUUAGGAAUUAUAUCUUCAGCUUUCGCUUAUAAUCAGAUAAGAGUGUAUAGAUCACGUUGGCCAUGCUUCACUGUCAAUUUUUCGUAAAUUUGGAAAAAUGUCUUCGAACGAAAAAUAGCGUCGUGAAUUAAUCUUGCGCACUCAUUUCGAGAAUCCGGAGUUGUCACAUCGGGACAUCGGUAAGAUGCUGGGAAUCGUCCAAUCCACGGUCAGCAGAGUACUAAAACGAUACUUCGAGAACCUAACCAUCGACCGGAAGGUGAAGAACGGCAAAAAUGGAAGCUCCGUCAGUGAAAAAGAUCACAAGCGCGCAGUUAAGCAGUUUAGACGUGAUCCGAGAAGUUCGGUCCGGGAUGUCGCCAAUAAGCUGAAUUUGUCAAGUUCAUUCGUCCAGCGGACCAAGCAGCGGGAGGGCCUGCGUACAUACAAGGUUCAGAAGGCUCCUAACCGCGAAGAAAGGCAAAACAUGGUGGGGAAGACGCGAGCCCGGAAGCUGUACACCGAAAUGCUGACGAAGCCGCAUUGCCUGGUAAUGGACGACGAAACCUACGUCAAAGCGGACUUUCGUCAGCUGCCGGGCCUGUUGUUCUUCUCCGCAGAGGACAAAUUCAGCGUUCCGGAGGAGAUUCGCAAGCAGAAACUAUCCAAGUUUGCCAAAAAGUACAUGGUGUGGCAAGCGAUCUGCUCUUGCGGAAAGCGGAGCGCCCCCUUCGUGAUGACCGGCACGGUAAACGGGCAGGUUUACCUUAAGGAGUGCCUACAGAAGCGCUUCUUCUUCUUCUUCAAUGGCACUAACGUUCCUAGAGGAACUUUGCCGUCUCAACGUAGUAUUACUUGCGUCAUUUUUAUUAGUACUUAGUUGAGAUUUCUAUGCCAAAUAACACGCCUUGAAUGCAUUCUGAGUGGCAAGCUCUAGAAUACGCGUGAUCACAGUGCAAGUCGGAGGAAAUUUCUUUGACGAAAAAUUCCCCCGACCAGAACGGGAAUCGAACCCGAACACCCGGCAUGUUAGUUAUGACGCUCACCACUCGGCCACGGGAGCACUGAGAAGCGCUUACUACCCCUAUUGAAGCAGCACGAGGGCCCGACCAUUUUCUGGCCGGAUCUCGCUUCGUGCCACUAUUCAAAGGACGUGUUGGAGUGGUACGAAGCCAACGGGGUCACCUUCGUGCCGAAGGAAAUGAACCCGCCCAACGCGCCGGAGCUUCGCCCAAUAGAGAAAUAUUGGGCGAUUAUGAAGCAGGCCCUCCGGAAGAACCCAAAAGUUGUCAAAUCGGAGGCGAACUUCAAGAGAAAAUGGAUUUCGGUUCAAAAAAAACUACAACCUGACGUUGUACAGAACCUUAUGGACGGGGUAAAGAAGAAGGUGCGAGCAUACGGGCUUGGGCUCGAAGUAUGAAUAAAAAGAAAAUGCCAAAAGUUGUUUAAUAGUUUUUAUUUUACUGUCUAAAAUUUUCAAAAGGAUCGGUCUACUGGGCGAAUUUCUACAGCGUUUUUUCCGUGAUGCAAUUUGAUGUGACACACCCUUUACUACUACAACUACUGCUAUGUCUACCAUAGUCUUUUUCAUAUCAUACACUACUCGUCAUCGGAACAAGCAUUGAGCCUUCCUUUUUUUUUGGUUAAAAAAAAGUUGAGUUACCAAAAUUAAGUCGCACUGUUUAGAAAACAUGAUAAAAAAAUAUUAUCAUGGUGGAUCACACCAAUGAGGAAAAUGGCGGUUCCUUCGGCUGAAGGAGGCCAGGAUGAUAGCUGAGGAUUUUGGAAUAUGGCUUGCACUGGAGAAUCAAAAUAACACAUUGGAAAUCAAACACUUGGAAUACUUUCACACAUUGGACGGUUUUUUAUUCGCGAUCUUAUUCGGUUAAAGGUUGAAAUUGGAAUGAACGGUUUUUGCUAUGGUUCGAUUUGUAUGCUAUUUCAUCGUUGGUAUUUGUUUCAUUUUUAUGCUUCACUUCGGGAAUUGCUGCUGUUUGUAGUUGUGUUCUGCACCACACACUGCAUUUAGGGUGGGAGGGAGUGAAUUGAAUGAGAAUAAGGAUAGGGAUGGACAUUGAAAACUAUUUUGUGGGACACUUGCUCCUCGUUCGCACUGUGGGGCGCGAACAAUCAAAUCAUUUUGAUGAAACCGCAAAGUUUCCUUGGAAUAUUUGGUAUCAAUCCUCAAACACUACGUUGGUCAACUUGAGCGGCCAUUUUUGUUCCAAUAAUUUUUCAUCUCUGCAGCAUCUUUUCGAUGGAAUCAAUAUCAUUGUCUAAAACUUCACAUGGUUCUCAUAUUCUUCGCUGUAUGGUUGAAUGGGGAUUUCAGGUAUUCUUCCUCCGAGACCAUAACCUUAGGUUUCAUGUUCGCGACAGCAAAUCUCUUACAAUAUCAGUACAUUACAAUACAAAAUUUCUUUACCCGUUUUUGGAUCACCAGGAAGGGGAAAAACAUGUGAUAUGGAUCAGGAUAGGACUGACCUUUACUGGUUCCGAACUGAUGGAUGCAUUAAGUUGGUCUUUACCAUUGAUGAGGCAUCAAGUUGGUCUUUACCAUUCUUGUGAAUUGGAAUCAAUUCCAAGCUCCAAGCACUUGUUGAAGACUGCUAUCUGGUGAAAAAGUCAAUACUUAAGUUUUUCUACUUCAGAUUGUUCAGGGUGUCAACAGCCUUCAUGUUUUUGAUGUUUUUGAUGGCCGAUAUCAUCUCAUCAGCCGAUAUUUUUGAAUCCUCGAGCAAAACAAGUCAUUCGUUGUUCUGCGAUACCAACCAUGACCUCAACUACAGCAGACUCGUUUGGACUAGUCAAUGCGCGACCAAGCCGGUGCGAGUUCAUGAAAUGCUAGCCAAUAACACUGGGUUGUUAAACGAACUCUCAUUGGGUGAAGAAAGAGGAUAGUUAGUUCUCGGCUUAUUUUGAAAUUUUUUGCUUGUUUCCAUAAAAAGUUAUGGACAGUCAAGAAGAGAGCGGAAAUGAUUUGAAAACUAUUUCUAUUUCUGAGAUCCAUUAUCCUAUUGGCAUGGACUAUCUUUUUGAACGAUUAAAAUUCAUCUUCAAAUGAGGGAGGCCUGUACGCUGGUACUGUCUUUUAAUGGUGUUACGGCGUCUAUUAUACUACUUGGUUGUUCUGUCUAGGUUCAAAGAGUUACUCACCAGUUGAGGUGUAGGUACAUGUUGAUCUCAGGACUGGGAUAACGUAUCAUCGAUCGUUGUGGGCACCGAUCAUCAAAUGUGUCGACACACUGUGGAAAAUUCUCCCAGUCGAUACGACGACAGUUGGGCCGGUGAAUCUGCAAUCUGUUGACAGAGAACCCGUUUCCACCACUACGAGCGAGAUAGUAGUACGAGCUAAGGUCUUGAUAGACCACAGGAUCAGUUAUGUUCGUUAUGUUGAUGAUAAAGAUAACGAUGAUAGCGUGAACACGAGACCGAUUCAACCUGGUGGAAGUGUCUGAGCUCAGGAUCGUAUAGAGACCUCCCUCAAGUCAUUGCUGGGUACCGUUGGAGUUCCGCCGGUUCUGAUUCUUUGCGUUGAGAUUGCAACCAAUGAUGUAUUAUCUUCGCCGCCUUUCAGUUCGAUGAUGUAUUGAUGUACAGCUGUAGCCGACUUAUCACUGUUAGAGCCCCCGCAGACUGCAGACUUUUUAUCGGUAGACAGUUUGAUCGAGUUGAUCUGUUAGUGCAAAGAUGCAAAGACUGACCCAACUGAAUCGGUUUUAGGGCGCAUAUGCAUAUCUCUCCAUACUGAUUAAGUCGUCCAAUCAAACUAUCGGUCAGAAAAUAGUCUGCAGCCUGCGGGGGCUCCUAAUGCUAUGUUUGGAGCAAUAAGCCCAUAUAAUGGUGGUGGUACCAUCGAUCAACUUGGGCUGAGGACUGGCCCGCAAGUGACAGCUGAUAUUAACUCGUAACGCAAUAGCCACUCCACCCUCUAAAAUAGAUCCGAUUAAAUUGAACAAGGGAAAAAACGAGGAUGUUUGUCUUCAAGACUGACUUAUAGAUUAUUCUUUUUUUUAUUCUUCUCAUUGGGGUAAUCAAUAAAUUCAACAAUUUUGUUCUUUACAGAACAAAUAUUCCAAAAAAAAUAGCAGUACUCUAGUUGCGACUUCAAAUUAGUCUUCCUUGGAACGGCAAAUUCACAGCUUUCUGUACAUGCCUCGGAUGAACAACAUCAUCAUUCAUCAUUCUAUUUUUCCACCAAUGAUAUGUUCAAAAAGUCUAAAGGCGGGGUUGGUUUGUAGAGGGUUAAUAAACCCAUGCUGUCGAACUGAUAUUACGUGCCGAACGAAGCGGUAAAUAACGUCAUGAACCAUUUUCUCGAGAACCUUACCCAGACAGCUGCUAGCUAACUAUCAUUAGCCUUUGCAUAGGCUAAUGCUUGUACUAAAUAGUACGAAAUUCUUAAAUUUCCAUAAUGUUCGAUGUUACCGGCACUAAUUUCAUAGUCGUACGUUAACAAUGCGGUAGUGUCUUGGACACGACCUUUCCGAAUUAUUUCCACCGCGCCCGUUUCAAUCGGAUAUUUUUUUUCUUGGGUUUCUACAAAGAAGCUGAGCCUCUCCACCAAAAGUAUUUCACGCGUACUGGAGGAUUGUUUUAAGUAGGCGUUACGCAGUCCACUGUGGGUCGAUAUACACUCGACAAAAAAAUUAGAGAAACAGAGUGUGAAGUCGGAAAUUUAAAGUGAUUUUUGACAUGCUGUAAUUUCGUGAAAAACCAACGAAUAUCGAUAGGAUGCGUAUCAUUUUGAUUGAAGCUACAACUUUCACGAACAUAUUUUCAUCUUCGUGUGCGUAGGUGUAGUGGGCAACAAUAUCUUUUUUUUGUUUUUUAUUCUUUCUUUUUUUUUGAGACUUUCAGCCUCCUGGGCUGGUUCGUCUUAGCAAAAACGGCCGAAACCAUGCCGGGAUGUGCGCUUACUAUAAUUUUAUUUUACAUGCACAUACCAUACGGACAAGCACUUAAAAACAAAGCAAUAAACAAAAAACAGAUUUCGUCACGAGAAUUUCCACGCAUUUGAGCUUUUUCCCCUGGUCGUUUGACGAGGAUGUCCGCUUACCAUGGUCCCAGGCCACAGGAAUCCGCGCCACUCGAUGAUGCCGACUGUUCUUGUUCCCCUUAUCGCGAAGGGGAAGGAAGUUUUUUGUUUAAAUUUAAAAAAACAGAUCGGCAUCUUUCAAAAAACAGAGCAGUGCCGCAGUUCGUGAAGGGUCGUCGCCAAGCACAUCACGCUGAUCCCGUGUAAGUUCCGGAGGUUCUCGUACUUUGGGCAAACACAGACGAUGUGGUCGACUGAAUUGCGAACCUCGCACAAGUCACAAAGGGGAUGAAAGGAUCCUCUGUUGAAGUUGUGAGACAUGUUGCAGUGGUUGGUUCUUAACCUGGAUAAGAUUCGUUGCUCUCUCAUCGCUUUGGCGUCUUCGAAUCUGGUGAUGGAUCAUUUGAUUCUCCGGAGGAACAGCGUCGCUUCAACGGACCAUUUUUCCGCCCAGAAAGUUUUGAAGGUGUUGGCGAUCCAUAGUCUGAUGUCGUCUAGCGGUACUUUGCACGUUAAAAGUUGUCCAAGGUGACCGAUUCCGGCAAAACGGUCGGCCGCUUCAUGCCGGCUAUGCCACUAUGUCCGGGGACCCACAUGAGGACUGUAUCCGGCAGCAGGUACUUCCUGACAGCUUGUAUCCAUGGGUGCCUAGAUAUAGUCGCGCCAACGGCAUCGAUGACGCUAGCCGAGUCUAUCAGGAUCGGUUUGCUUGACGGCAUAGUGGCAGCUUCAAAGAUUCCGGCAGCUUCGGCCGAGAACACUUGGCAAAUGUCGACGAGCUUCUUGCUGAAAAUAAGAGAGUUAUUAUGACCGCUUACCCCGAAACCAACUCCUUGCAUCUCUUUGGAACCGUCCGUGUAGCAAAUUUCAUAAUUGUGAUAUUUUCUUUAGACAAGUUCGACAAAGGUUUGCUUCAGACCCACAGAGCUCGCCCCAGCUCGGAAAUUGUUCCUGAUUGUAUCAUCCACUCGGAUCACCGGAAACCUCCAAUCGUUAGUCCCAAUCCAAAGUUGUUCAGCUAGCGGUAGAAAGCUUAAGUGUGUCACCUGCUGCAAGAUUUCGUUUGUUAGAACAGUCAGGUGUGUCUCCUUACCUCAACUGGUUUUAGCGAGGAAGCUCGCAGUUCUGGAAACUAUCGCUGCGUUUGUAGGUACAAAUUUUGUAAGGAGUGAUGGUUCUCACACAUAUUUUUUUUCACACAUACGCAUUUCACUUUUUAUUUUGAUUUGUUGUGCAACGUAAAAACUUCACAACAUUCGGAUAACGAAUGUUUUCGCAACCAUUUGUAGCUUGAACUAACCAUUCAUCCACACAAAAAAAGUGAAAUUCCUGUCGUCAAACUACUAAACGUACAAAUUGAAUUUAACCGAAAUCACGCGAGUUACAUGCAAAUUCUAUGGAACUACGAAACUCGGUCAGAUCAGCUGUUGGGAGGGUUGUGGUCUUUGGGUACCACAACCACGUUGUUCGCAUCGUACCACUGGAUUGCCUUUUUCCCAUAGCGGCACCUCGACAAGUCCGGCCAGAACAGCACAGUUCUAUUUUGUGGCUUUAGGAAUGAUAGCAGCCGCACUCCUGGAUGUAGAUCUCUUGAUUGAUCUUGAUUAUUGAUGUUCCCCUAGUAAUGAAAAUGUCGCUUUUUAGACCACACGUGCAUAUGGCCUGCCAGACGAAGUAUUUUCUCUUGGGCUUCGAUAGUUUGAUGGUUUUAAAAAUGUCGGCCACCUUCCCUUUUCCUGAUGCGGUAUGAAACUUCCGUUCCGGAAGCUGCUUGAAAUCUACCUUCACAUAAGUUUCGUCGUCUAUUACGAUACAGUCGAACUUUGGGAGCAGAUUCAUAUACGGCUUUCGAAACCGACGCGUUUUGUUUGUGAUCUCGAAUCACCACCUCACCUUCUUAAACGUCGACAAUCCGACUCGUUUCUUGGCCAGCUGCACAGUGAUUCGAGAGACAUUGAACUUGCCAGUGACAUCCUGGAUGGAGAGGUUAGAAGUCCGCUUAUAAUUCGCCGCCACCUGUUUCGUCGUCGCUGCCACGUCCGGAUUACAAUUGCCGAUUCCGUUUGUCAUGGUCGAUUUGGCCACAUCCAUCAAUUUUGCCAACUUAAGGUGCGAGAACUUAAGCCAACUUAAGGUGCGAGAACGUCGAAUUUCUUUUGCUGCGCGAGCAAAAUUUUGACACGCUGCUCCUCUUGCUUGGACGUCAUAUUGAAAACUGGAGAGCAAACGGCGAAAACUCAUCAUAGCAUCCAUUGUAUAUACAAAUGCAGCAUUUCAAGUUUUUUUUAUGCAUUUUUCACAAAAAUACACCAAUUUGAAGUCAACCAAUUUUUGCGCGUUCCAAUCUUUAGUGAAUGCAAAUCGAUUUUUCUGCAUGAAUAUCACAUGUAAUCAAGACAAGUUUGGGUUUGUUGAAAAGCCCCAAUGCCCAAAGCCCGAUAAUGGUUUGCCUGGUUUUAGAAAUCACAACUUUUGAAUAAAGAAAUUCGAAUUUUCCAGUAGACUGCACUUCUCAUCGCUUGAGUUUACUGUCAUUAUAUUGAUCCAUUCAUAAUUUUGGCUUUCUUCGAAACAUUGCCUUUUCUUUGAAUUGGAAAGGUGAACAGAACCCAACACAGAGAAACUUUAUUUCUGCUGCGCACGAAGGACAACAUAAACAAACUACAGCGCACCAAGCGACUACUAUAGUAAUCAUGUGGACAAACCAACAUCAGUGCAUCGGACCAUGAUCACACUUUAGGUCAUCGAGAUGUAUUACAUGAUUUAGGUAUAUGAAUCUGAUACAAAUGGUGUGCAAGCAUGAUGUUUAGAAAAUUUUAGAGUGUUAUAAUCCAGAAAAGGUCUGAACACGUACCAAAUAAUCAUCUGGUGAUUGAUAAAAAAAAAUAAGCUCGAAUGAGGGGUUCAUUGACACCAAUAGAAAGUAUAAAACUACUGUAAAUCAUGAAAAAGACAAUUUUAUUUAUAUGUUUGAAAACAUUUCAAUUCCUGAUUUUACACAGGUGCGCAUCUUACAUCUGCAUACGACGAAAAUGCGCGAAAAGAACAUUGAAAUCGACACUCGAACACAUGUAUAUAGCGACAAAAUGAAACGAAUGCUUUGUAUAGAAAUACAUAGGAUAGGUAAGUUAGCAUUUUGCUUUAGAAACUAGAAACCUUAUGAUGACAUUGUUUCCAACUUUUGAAAGAAAACAGAAAAAAGAGGAACUUGCCAUACGCUUUUCUGAAACUCCAAAACACAGACAAGAAUCAAACCUUCAUUCGAAGACUAAACCUUUGUUUGCUUUGAUUGGAUGAGCAAAGGUCACUCCCGAAAAAAAAAAUCACGCUUAUUUUAUAUAUUUUUCGAUUCAAGUGACAGUGGUAAAAAAGAGGGACAUAUUGUACUUUAGGCUGAAUAUUAGAGAAAUAAACAGUUGAAAGCUAAAUUUUAGUGAAUUAAGGCCAACGCAAGCGUAUGUUAAUGUUGUUUUGCCAUUUUUUUUGUAACUAAACAGGAGAAUAAUAUAUGGAACAAACUGACU